AUGGAGGAAUUGGCAGCCUGUAAGAAACGGCAAAAUGUCGAGUUGGAAAUAUGUGAGAAGUACGACCAUCAAAAGACUGCAUGGAAGCGAAUCAAGGCAGCGUCACGAGGACCCGAUAUGAACCUGGCGAAUCUUAGCGGCCUCUCAGACGCCAUCCUUUGCCACGUGGCCACCAUGACCCAGUUGAAGAGCGUUUGCUUGUACAAAAGUUCAGGCUUCAGUGCAGAGGGCAUCAAGCACCUCUACAGGCUGCCACGGCUGGAGAAGCUUAGCUUCCACAACACGGACGUCUCAGACAAUGCCUUGGAAGGCAUUGGGUCCUUGACCAGGCUCAAGGAGCUCUAUCUCAAUCGUACCAAGGUGACCGAUGCUGGUCUGCUGCUCUUGACAGCUCUGCCCUCUCUCGAACUGCUUGGGAUUUUUGGAUGCAAGGGUGUGUCCAAUGCUGGCAUGGUGCAUGUGGGGAGGCUGACAGGGCUUACGAGGCUUGAUUUGGGUAGCACGGCAGUCACAGAUGAUGGGCUGCAGCAGCUGACUGCCCUGACCAAGCUGACAACUCUCCAACUGCCGAAUGGAAUCUAUGUUCCCUAUGUCGCUGCGCGCAGGUGGAUAGGGCGGUAG